GUCACUUUUUCUUGUGUUGUUGUCUGUUAAGUGUAUACUACAGAUAGUCCGGUGUCAAACAAUAUUCCGUUCCACUCUUGGAACGUAGGAUUUUUUAACCGGCUGUCUAAACCGGAUAAUUAAUAGCUUUCACCCUGCAGGACGAGCCUACAAGGGGCACGUUUUUAGGGGGUGCCACGAAGAACCACCGUACUCGAUGACCUUCCAGCGCGAUGUCCGAUCGUUUGGGGCAAAUUGCAAAGGGGAAGGAUGGAAAAACCAAGUAUUCGUCUCUUAAUCUGUUUGAUACUUAUAAAGGAAAGUCCCUAGAAUCUCAAAAACCUGCAGCCACCCCUCGUCAUGGCCUUCAGAGUCUUGGAAAAGUUGUUCCAGCUCGGCGCAUACCACCCCCUGCAAACCUGCCAAGUUUGAAAGCUGAAAACAAAGGCAACGACCCGAAUGUUACAUUAGUGCCCAAAGACGGAACAGGAUGGGCAAGCAAGCAGGAAUCACAAGACCAAAAGAGAUUGGGGAAUGCAGGAACACUUAAUGCAAACUCUUGGCUCUGUAAGGAACUAAAGCUGAUUGAAGGUGAUGCUACCCUUUACAGAUUUAAUUCACAUUCACGGUUUAUAUGGAAGAAUCCCCCUUCUGGAGCUACAGCAGUAGUAGGAGGAGUAAAGUCCUGGGCCCAAGCCAGUGCAGUGCAUGGCACACAAGGAGAUGGUGGAAAGGCAUCAAACCUACUAUCGCCAUUCUCUCGAGAGGAAUUUCCCAGUCUUCAGGCGGCUGGAGAACAGGUCAAGGCUGGCCGAGAAAGGGACACUACAGAUCUUUCGUAUGGGCCAGGACCAAGCCUCCGCCCUCCAAAUGUGAUGAGCUGGAGGGAGGGCGGUGGGCGGACCUUGAAUGCGGCGAGUGACGGAGAGAGCAAAGAGUUAACCCCAGAGGAGGCUACAGGUACUACCACUGCAUCCUCUGACCACAAAGCUCCCUCCAGAAUUAAUGAAGCUCCACCCAGAACUGGAGCAGGAGUGCCGCAGUCACCUGCACCACCGCAGUUCCCUCCAUACAGGGGGAUGUUGCCGACAUUUAUGUAUCCCCAAUACAUCACAUUUCCCUUUCCCCCACAGGGACCUUUCAGGUUCCCAGCUGCUGAUGCACAGAAGUAUCCACGCAUCCCCAGUCCUCGGCCUGCGCAAUGUCCAGCACGCCCAACUGAUUUAGUGAAAAGACCUGCCAUCCUUAAGCAGGAUGAUCUGAAUGAAUUUGACGAACUUGACACUGAAAAGGAUGAUGGCUGGGCAGAAAAAGUACAUUUCAGCUUGUUUGAGAAGGGUUUGAAAUAUAUUCCGAAUCCCAAAUUUCAGUUGGCUGAAACAUUGAUUGAUUUUAAAAAGUAUAUUAGAAAAAUCAAUUUAGAUGUUUUUUUCAAUGACAAGAUGAAUUAUGAUAAUAAUGAAAGAGACAAUGAAAUAGUUAGAUCUGAGUUUUCAGUGAAAAGUAAGUUUACACCAGCUAAUCAUUCUACAAUUGAUGUUUAUGAUAAAGUUGUAACCAGAGAAAUAUAUAGUGAAUACCCAUAUUUGAAAAAGACAACGCAAAUACAGAAUUUGACUUAUGAAGAAACAAAGUUAUUAUCAAAGUUAAGGAACGAUAAUAGUAUAAGGUUAAUGAAACCAGACAAGGGGGGAGGAAUAGCCAUUUACGAUAGUUUGAAGUAUACACAAAAAAUUUAUGAUAUUCUACACUCUACUAAUAAUUAUGAACCUUUAUCUAUUAAUGAAUUAAAUAUUGCCUAUCAACGAAUAGACUCCUAUAUAGAAGAGUAUUUGAUAGAAAGUAGAAUAACAAAAGAAAUUUAUAAUUUUAUUAGAGUACCAUAUCCGAAGAUGGCUACUAUGGUAGGUAUACCCAAAACACACAAAGAUUCUCAGGAUCCCCCCCUAAGACCGAUAGUUUCUGGUAGUCUGUCUAAAACUUUUUUAAUGGGUAAAUUCAUAGAUAUAACAUUAAAAAACAUUUAUACUAUAAUUGAUCAUAUGGUGAAGGAUUCUUGGUGUUUUCUCUCCAAAUAUCCUGUAAAAGAUAUAAAAUAUGAAAUUCCCCUUUUCAUUGUUACUAUUGACGUGAUAGACCUCUUUUCGUGUAUUCCUAAAGAGGAAGGUUUGGACGCAUUUACUAACAGCUUGAUUAGACACACUGAUUUAGAUUGGAGCACUAUUUGCUUGAUAACAGAAAUGAUGAACCUAGUUUUAGACAAUAAUUUUAUAUUCUUUGAGGGUGAGUUGUUCAGACAAACCAGGGGCGUAGCUAUGGGCGCAGCUUGUGCCCCCAUCUACGCCAAUAUGGUUAUGCUCAAUUGGGAAGAUAGUAAGUUAUUUACCAGCACAUAUUUCAAACAUGUCAACUAUUAUUCGAGAUUUCUGGAUGACAUAUAUAUGAUAUGGCAGGGUGAUGAGAAUGAAUUAUUGGAAUUUAUGACAUAUAUCAACAACAGUAGCGAAUACUUGAAAUUUACUCAUUCAUACGAUUCCAAAGGACUGCCGUAUUUGGACACUUAUGUCACUAUCAAUGAGGGUAAAGUGUUCUCUAAUAUUUAUAGGAAAGCCACUUUUUCCAAUAAUUAUUUAGAUUAUACAAGUUGUCACCCGCCGAAAGUUAAAUAUAAUGUGUUCAAGGGGCAGUGCAUUCGAGCAGCCAGAAUGGUUUCAGAAAAGGACAACUUACUUAUUGAAUUGGAAUAUAUAAAAGGACUGUUUGCACAGAGAGGUUACCCAUCUGCAAUGAUGGAUGAUGUGGUAUCCUAUGUGGUUGAAAAUUGGGGUAUCAAAUACAAACCGUUAUUAGGGUCAGGUGAAAUAAACAAUUUAGCCUUGGAUUUAGGAUCUAGACCUAAUACAAAAAGUGUUCACUCCAAUUACCAUAGAGCAUGUAUAAUUACAUAUAAUCUAGGUGCAGACAUUAUUAAGCGUAUUAUUAGUAAGUUCUGGUAUCUAAUAAGUAGUGAACCUAUGCUAGUUAAAAUAUUGGGUUCUAAACCUAGGUUUGUGUACAGGAUGGGGAACAACUUAAAGAAAAUGUUUGAAACUUAUUCAGUUAAAAAGCCAAGUAGACUUAGAAGUAGCAAAUGUGGAUCAUGCAAUCAAUGUACCUAUAUGGCAAUGCAAGAUAAAAUUAUAAUUGAUAAUGGGCAUAGGACCCUUAUUAAACGCAAGGAUGGCAAUUGCAAUACCAAACAGGUUAUUUAUUUGGCUAAAUGUGAUUCCUGUACGGCCUUUUAUGUAGGAAGAACUGAACGAUGUUUGAAAAAACGUAUUUAUGAUCAUAUAUAUUGUAUUAGGAAUAAGGACAAGACCAAUGCCUUGUAUAGGCAUAUUGAAUUUUGUGGAGAGAAACACACCUUUAAAUUUCUUAUUUUAGAAGUUAUUAGAAAUGACCCUAGGGGAGGUGAUUUAAAAGUUGUGGUGCUCGACAUGGCUGGUAAUGGUGAGGAAUCGCAGGAAGUCCCAAACGGUGAGGAGCUCAGAUUACUCAGAGCGGAAGUGUCGGGGUUGUACUCAGAAGUCUGGAAGUUGACGGAGAUGUUCAACAGCCUCAUGGAGGCUUCCAAACAAACAGCCGUGACCGAAAAUUUACCCAUUGUAUCUUCCGGUAAGCAUUGCUGUUCAAAAAAAGAGAUAAUUUUAACUAUGGAUACAAGUCUGGACACUGAAAUACCUAAUGGUCAACGAUGUUCUGAGUUGAGUGUAUCUGGCACUCGGCAUGGGUCGUUGGAACUGUUGCCUACGGAGGAUAAAUUUGUGUUGUCCACAGACAAGGACUUUACAUUUGAUUUUAGUUUGCUGCAUAAUCGUGCGGAUUCGGAGAAUCAAGGGUCUAAACCAAAGACAUAUCCUAUUUUCAAAACAUACUCGACUGUUGGCAAAAAGGACAUAUGUUCCAAUAAAGGUACUGUGAAAAAUAAAAUUGCCAGUCCGAAAAAGGACGUAUGCUUUGAUAAAGGCAUAGAUAUAAAACGGAAAAAAGACAGUAAAACCAAUUGUUACAAUAAUGAUGUUUUUAAUCAGUUUUUAAAUGAUGAAUGCAAUUUUGAUAAUGUAUACCAAGUACCUUCAUCUCAUACAAGUAAAAUGAAUCAAAACAAUAUUAAGGAUAUGAUUUUUAAUUUUGGUAAAAAGUUAUCUCUUAUUAAAAAUAUUAAGGUGGAUAAUGCCUACUUGCCUAAAUGCAUUAACAUACAAGUAGUACCCAAGGGUCUUAGAUUUUUCAAACUUCCUAUGGGGCUGAUUUAUAGUGAUAGUGUUAAAUUUGAAUUUAACAACCUGUUUGAUGAUUUUGGAUUUCAGUAUAUGAAACUAUUAAUGAAACACAAUGAUGAGAAAGUGACUACACUAAUCAAUGAAGUGGAAAUUAUCAAUGAAAGUAUUUUACAACAUUGUGAUUUCCAGGCAUGGAAGGAUUUAUAUGAGAAGCAAUUUUUUUCAGCAGACAAACAAGCAUUUAACAUUCACAGCAGAAAGAAUGGGAAACUAGACCGCGAUGUAGAGGCAUAUCAGCUUCAGAAAGCGUAUAUUUGGCCUCAGGAAAGGAAGCUAGUUUAUAUGGACAGGAGAUUUAGUGAGAGAGAGGUGGAGGACAAUCAAGGUAUAGUUAAUAGAGAAUUAAAGAAAAAAAGUUCGUAUAUACCUAUUAGUAAUCCCAUUAUUAACAAUUAUGAAAAGAUAUGUAAGGAGAUAUAUUGGUACAAUAAAAACUAUAUAAGGAAUAAAGACCAAAUGCACAAGCCUGUGGACAAUUUAACUGUUAAGGAAAGGAAAUGUCUGGAUGAAUUAAUCAAUAAUAAAGAUAUCAGAAUAAUGAAACCCGAUAAAGGGGGUGGAGUCGUCAUUUUUUCUAAUUCAGCAUAUAAGGUAGCUAUUUAUAACAUCCUUUACGACUCAGGGAAUUAUGAAGUGAUAUCAAUGAAUGAAGUACAUACUGGGUAUAGGAUAAUUGAUUUAGCCAUAGAAGAAUAUUUUUUGAACAACAGACUUACACAGGAUAUUUAUGAAUUUAUACGUAUUGAAUAUCCUAUUAUGGCACACAUUGUGGGAAUACCGAAAAUUCAUAAAUCUAUUCCUAUCCCACCAUUUAGACCCAUUAUAUCAGGUUCCAAAUCCAAAACUUUUAAUAUUGGGCAAGUCAUAGAUAGAUGGACUAAACAUACUUACAAAAAUAUCCCCCAUCUUAUCAUUGAUUCAUGGGACUUUCUAGGUAAAUUGUCCCCCACUUUAUGGAAUAUGGAAUACAAAUUUGUUACGAUAGAUGUAUGUGAUUUAUUUUCCAGCAUCCCCAAAGAAGAAGGUUUGAAUAAUUUUUGUAAUAGCCUUAGAAGCUAUUCCUGUUUAAGUUGGGACAGGAUAGCCCUUAUAUUAGAUAUGAUGUCCCUGGUCUUGGACCAUAAUUACAUCACCUUUGAUGGAAAAAUUUUUAAACAAAGUAAGGGGGUAGCUAUGGGUGCGUCUUGUGCACCCAUAUUUGCUAAUUUGGUGAUGCUGGAUUGGGAGAACAAAUAUGCAUUUAAUAGUGAAUAUUCGAGCAACAUCAUCUUUUAUGCUAGAUUUUUAGAUGAUAUUUUUAUUUUAUGGAACGGAUCGAAUGAUGAUAUUACUAAAUUUGUGGAAUACAUCAAUGGUACCACUAAUUUCUUAAACUUUACUUUCAAUUUCAGUGAUAGUGGUAUCCCAUAUUUAGACACUUAUAUUUACAAAACACAAAAUAAUGAAUUUGCCUCUAAGGUUUUUAGAAAAAGUACUCAUUCGAAUGACUAUGUUUAUUUUACAAGUAAUCACCCACGUCACAUAUUCAAGAAUAUUGUAAAAGGACAGUGUGUUAGGGGAGCAAGGAUGUCAUCCACAAGAAAGGAAAUGGAGAUUGAGAUGAAACUCAUUCGACAACUCUUCUUGGAUAGAGGAUAUCCAAUACAUCUUAUUGAUGACACGAUUAACUAUGUUUCUGCUCAAUGGGAUUGCAAGUACAUUCCAUUAAUAGGGAAAUAUGCAUCCAAUAUGAAGAUAGGACCUAUUAGCAGUUUUCCAGCAGGUAGGGUAUGUGUCCUUACAUAUACCCCCUAUGUUGAUAGCAUUAAGGAGAUAUUGACAAGACAUUGGGACAUUGUGACAGUAUCUGAUGCAUAUAAGGAGAAAAUAGGACCUUAUCCAAAAAUUGUAUACAAGACUGCCCCUAACCUUAAAAAAUUACUUGAAAAAGUAGGGCAUGAAGGAAGUAUUAUAAAGAACAUAUAUAACCCUACAAAGAGAUGUGGGAGAUGUAAACAAUCUUACAGGGAGCAUUUCUCUUCACUGGAAAAGGAACAGUUCUACAGCUUGGAGAAUGGAGAGUGCUGGAAGGAUGCUUCCUUGGAGAAAGUUCCUCCCCAGGCUAAAUCUGCAUGGUGUGAAGUGCCACCAUCUUCUGGCAAAGAUUUGUCACAAGAUUCUGCAUCUCAGCAGUUAAAAGGAGCUUCUGUCAGCAGAGGGCAACCCGUAGAUUGUCGGUCUGCCCCUGGAGAUAGAACAAAGCAACCUAUAUCAAAUUUGAAGCAGCCUGCAGGAGAUGAUGAAGAUGAAACCUGGCGGCAAAGACGUAAACAGUCCUCUUCGGAGAUCUCUGCUGCAGUAGAGAGAGCACGCAGACGUCGUGAAGAGGAAGAAAAACGCAUGCAAGAAGAGCGUCGAGCUGCAUGUGCUGAAAAACUAAAACGUUUAGAUGAAAAAUUUGGUGCAUCUGACAAACGUCAGAAAUCAGAGACCGAGAAUAGAGAAGCCAUUGAGAAGGAGAAUGAGGAGAGUGAGGAACCCACUCUGUUAAAUGCAUAUCCUCAAAGUGCUAGUAGCAGCUUGGAAACUAUUCCAGACCCGCAGUCCCCUGUAGAGGCAGAAGUAACUGAUACAAAAGAAGAUGCAGUGGUUCAGAGAGUGGAAUCCAAAACAGAAACACUUUUACAGAACAGGCAGCUGUCUCAUUCACAGAGUUAUUCAAAAUAUCCAAAGUCACUGCCACCACGUUUCCAGAGACAGCAGCAGGAGCAGUUUCUAAAGCAGCAACAGUGGCAGCAGCAGCAGACCCAGCAGCUCAGUCAGCCAUCUCAAACUCAGCUGGCCCCAGCUCCGCCUUUGCCCCAACAGCAGCAAAGCUUGCCUAUUGGUGGUGCCCAGGCUCUACAUCACCAGCAGCAGUCAUCAACACAGCAGUCUGGACAGCCUGCACUAACCCCGCAGCAGAAGUCCAUGUAUCAUGCAGCUGCUGCUGUGCCUUUUGAUCAGUGCUGUUGGCUUAUGGCUCAAAUGCCAGGACACUACAUGAGAAUGAUGCCAGGAAGGCAACCCAUGGAUUUUUACUCUGCACCUGGAGUUCAUUCAGCAGGAGUAUUGGGUCGUGAACGAUCAGAUAGUGGAGGUUCUGGAUCUGAGUCCUUUGAGAGGCACCAGUCCAUCAUCAGGGAAAGAGGUACCCCUCCCGUUGAAUCCAAACUCCCAUGGACUGAUGUAUUUGAAUCUCCUGACGCAAGACCUUUGCAUCAGCAGGAAGAGGAGGAGAAAGCCAUUAGAAGUGAAACGCCACCAGUACGCCUUCGUGAAGAUGCUUUGCCAUCUCCACAGUCCUUUGCUGGUUUCCAGACUUUUGCUGAGAAUGGAUCUCGGCAUUCUGCUCAAAUGCAGAGGUUUCCAGUGGAAGAGCAGAGGAGUACACCAUGGCCUGCAUCAUUACAAACAACUCGACCUGAGCAUGGGCGAAGUGGACACCUGGAAAAUGCCCCACCACCACUUAAAGUUCAGCAGAGAGCACCAGAUCCAUCACUGAUUCGUCGAGAUUCGCCACAGCCCAGUGAAGAAGUCAAAGUGGAGACUACGAGCAGAAACUGCCUAAAGGAGUCAAGUCAGCCUUCAGCUAACAGCACUACUAAGUCAGUGUCCUUUCCAUUAACAUCAGAAACUUCUCUACCAAAAGAUGUGACCUCUGUGAAGGAAAAUAAGCAGGAGGUAGAGGUUCGGAAGUUUGAAAAGUCUUCAAGACAGGAUUCCCACAGGUCUCAGAGGAGAGAACCAAAGACUGAGACACGUUGGGGUCCACGCCCUGGCAGUAGCAGACGUGAAGAUAUUGGAGAAAAACAGCCACGUCGAGCUGGCCCAAUUAAGGGAGCUGUCUUGAAAGAGGGAAAGAAAGAUGAUGGCAAACCUGAGAGUGAAAAAAUGAAAACGGUCACUGAUGAAAAGAGUGGUGGGAGAAACAGAGAUCGAAUACAGGAAGGAAAGGCUGAAGGCAGCAGAGGGCAGGAUUCUAAAGUUUCUCAGCUUGCUCCCUCUGUACCCAAGUUGCUGUCUGAAUGUCAGGUUGCACACAGUACAGAUAGAGAGAAAGCAAAAGCCGGUAAGACAGACAGAGGUAAGCCAUUAAAUCUGCCUGGAAAGGAUUCUAGCACUCCUUUAUCACCACCUCGGCGGCGCAGGGAGUAUUCCUAUGAUAGAGGUGGCUACUCUGGCCGGAGACAGAACAGCAGAGGUCGAGCAGAAUUUUUUGGAAGAGGCCGGGGUUAUAGAGGGUCUUACGGUAGCAGAGGACGUGGUGGCCGAGGACGCAGCAGGGAAUUUCGGAGCUUCCGGGAGCCACUGUACAGGAUGGAUGAUGGGAUGUCAAGAGGGUCUUUUCGGGCCAGAAACCCAAGUGAGACACGUAGUGAGGGAUCUGAGUAUGAAGAGAUCCCAAAACGCCGUCGCCAGCGAGGAUCAGAGACUGGCAGUGAGACACAUGAAAGUGCCAGCGAUGUGGCCCAUUCUGACAAAGAGAUACCCAUAAGCUGUAAGGGCCACUCAGAUUUCAAGCAUGCUGAUCAAUCCAAAGAAGACAAAAAGAGCCAUGCUGAGAACAAAUUUAUGGACAAAGUGCCCCCUAGGUUAGUUGAUGCUUCUCGAGGCAGAGUUUUUACUCCUAGAGGUGUGCCUUCUAGAAGAGGACGUGGGGGGCGGCCACCCAGUGGUUGGAGUCCUCCUUUAAAACCUUCACCUCAGAAGAAGAUUUCUCCAAGGGAACCCACAAAGACCUCAGAACAGCUACUUGAAUUCAACACCGUGAAAGAGCAAAAAGAAAAAAAAAAUGAAAAAAACCCAGUAGUCACUGAUCAGCGUUUUCUACCAGCUUCUGAUGCGAGAUGCACAAAAUCUGAAAGACCUGACCGUCCACCCCGCAGGAGGCGACAUGGCCGCUCCCAGCAACAAGAUAAGCCUCCCCGUUUCCGUCGCCUGAAGCAGGAGCGUGAGAAUGCCAGAAUGAAUGUUGAAAAGCCUUCAUUACCAUCAUCUGUAACUUCCGUGACACUGCAGUCUAUGCCAUUGAAAGAAGAAAUGAAAGAGAUUCCUCGCAAUGUGGUUGGUACCAAGUCCCCGGAUAUGUCUAAUCAGAAUUCUGAUCAAGCAAAUGAAGAAUGGGAAACUGCAUCAGAGAGCAGUGACUUCAUGGAGCGACGCGAAAAGGCAAUGCAAAAAGGUGGUCUUCAGAUCACUGGAAGUAGUGUCAAUGUUGGUGGUGGUGGCAGACCCAUUGAUUUAACACAUGCCCAGAGAAAGGAAAUGUCAAAACGUAGCUUUUCUAGCCAGCGACCAGGAAUGGACAGACAGAACAGACGCCCAAACCCAGGGCCUGGACCAAGGUCAGGACGUGGGGGCCCUGGACCUGCCAGGAGUGAGAAACGUAAUUGGCCUUCUCCAAAAAAUAAAAGGCAGUCUGAUGAGCGCUCCCCAGGUGUUAACACUUUGCCACCUCAGAGUACAGGUGCAGUGUACCGGAUGGACAGCAUCAUCCCAAGCAACCCUGCUGCUAUUCAGCAAGCCCUGGCUGAGAUUAACAGUGCUAGAAAUCGUGACCGAGGCAAGCUAGAAUCUGUGAAAAGCCAUGGUGCUCCCUCACUACUGAAACCACGCGGUUCAAGUGUUGUGUUCCUGGAUAAAACCCCAGCUUCUAAUACUGCUAAAAGUGCAGCAAAACAGCUAGGCAACAGUUUUGCCACUCUCAUACCAAAGGAUAAAUCCAGGAAUCAGAAUGCUUUUAUUCAAGACAAUAUGUUGAAGACUUUACAUUCAGCACGACCUUCCUUUACUAAAAAGCAACAAGUGGAGAAACCAGCAAAGGUUGAGAAGGCAUGCCUCAAAGAAUCUGAGAAAGGCACCCAGCUCUGGAAUAAUGUACAUUCGGGUGGUUCCUUAACUCCGUGCUCACAGACCUCUAUGGAACCUUGGAUUAAACCCAUAAAAAUGUACGAUGAUGUAGCAAGUGCUGAGAUGAGUCAGUCAGAUAGUGGAGUUGAUCUCAGCAAUGACUCUCAUGUCUCCUCGGCAAGUAACAGCCAGAGAAGCUCCCCAGAUGGUAGUCUCAAAGAGAGUGAUGAGCAUGUGUGCUCCUUGGAUAGAGCUGGCAUGAAGGGCAUUGAACUGCAGAAUACAGAGGAUGCUGUUUUAGAGCCAAAGGAACAACGGAAGAAAGAGACCAGAGCAGGACGUCUCAGGGGUAAUAAGCUUCCAUCACCGGCAGAGGAGUCAUGGAAGGAGCAUGUUCCAGGGCCCAUUGGUAAUGAGCGGUCACUAAAAAGUAAACCCACCAGAAAUGAAACAUCCAAGGAGAGCAGGGAUGUCACUUCUGAAAAAGAUCCUCUUACAGCUGAUACCACUGAAGUUACAGUUCCACCAAUACAGUUUGGAGUCAGUGAAAAGGAUUCAGACUUCAGUCUCCCUGUAGAGUCCGUGACUGUGUGUGAUGCCGUCCCUUCCAACAUGGUGUGUAAAGUAAUCACAAGUGGAGGGAUAGUGAAGCCUGCUACAGAAUAUGCUGUAGUGUCUGAACCGGAAUCCAUCCCUAAAGUGUGGGAGGCACCUUCACAGCUUUCUGUUGAUGAGCAUCCUGGAAGAGUUGGUGAAUCUUUGCCAUUUGUAGAUUGUGCUACUUGCAACAGUGCACCUCUGGAACAUAGCAGAUCCCUGCCUGCUGUUAUAACACCUUCAGAUCAAAGUGAGCAGGCUAACCUCUCGUACCUCGGUAGUCACCUGUAUGGUCAUCAGCUUUCUUCUGCCUCUUGCUCUGCGCUUGAUUCAAAUCUGUACAGGCACCCUCCAGGUUCUCCUGUUGGAAUCCGACCUGGAUCACUGGCCCCUCAACCACCAAAUCAUUUUUCAUCUCUGCAAGCUUUUAGAUCUCAGCAGAUGUACACCCAGUCAGGCCUGGCUUCUGCCACUGCUGCAAUGCUACCCAGUGCUGCCUUGCUGUCUGGAGCAAUGGUGAAGGGACAAUACUUGGAAUACCAAGCUAUGCAAACUGCAGACUUCACAAAGAUGCAAGCAGGACUGCUUUAUCAGGCACCACCAUUUAUUUACAGUUCUUCCCUGUGUGGAACACAGAUAACAGAUUCGCAGUUCAUGCAGAUGCGCCAAGGAGUAACUCCGCCUUCUGAUUUCUGCCCUAUUCAGGCACAGCAGCAACCUGGCCAGAAUAAUUUUCUCAGCUCUCCAACACAGGCUGCACAGUUGCAUCCUGUGGAGAUGAAGGCCUUUCAAGAUUAUAGGAAACCGUCUAGUUCCUAUGGAAUUCCUGCACAGAACAUUCAGACACCGUUUAUGAGCAGGCAGUUUGGCAUGCAGAAAUGGUAUGAGCCUCAAAGGAAUCCAACCAGGAACUUUGCUUUCAAACGUUCUCCUAUGGAGUCCCCAAUUCAGCGACACAACAGCAGGAAAUGAAUAAAUGAUAUGCCAGUGCCACUUAAAAGAACCUUCCCACCUCUGCAGAAGUUUGAGUUCAUUAUACAGCAGACUAGAAGUGGCAGAAAGUAUUCAUCUGUAUGAUCUGUUAGUUUUGUGGAAGAAAAAAAUGGUUUAUACAUUACUGGACACAUCAAAAUUACUAAGUGCUGCAUUUUGGAACCCCUUGAAAAGUGGGGAGUAUUUGUGAAUUCUUAAAAACCUUGAAGCUUUUAAUGUUAAAAUAAAAGUUGAGUGAAAUAUAAUACAUUGGGCAAACAUAUAGGAUAUUACAAUGUCCUAACUGUAACCAUUGGUUUUGUUUUCACUAGCAAGGUCUGCAAAUCUGUUAAGACAGAUUCAUAAGAAUAUUGGAUGGUCCAGGGCAGCUGCUUUAAUAAAAUGAGAGAUUGUAAACAGAAAAGUAUCUAAUUAAAAUGUUAAUGUAACUUUUUGUGAUUUUUGAAAACAAUUUCUUCAGCAUAUACUGAAAAUGAUAAUUCAAAGUUGAGUGUAUGUUUACGUGCAUAUUGUCAUAUUUAUUAAACGGUGAUGGAAGAUCAAAGCUGAAACAAGCUAGAGAAUGUAGUGUGGUCUGACCAACAGUGAAGUUAAGACUUUCUCACUUGGGGCGUCCUUCGCUUCAGGAGGCGUAUUGUGCCUUCUGAGCCUUAUUUGUCUUUAAAAGAAAGUGAGUGAUUAAAAUGUUUUUAGCACUAUACUAUUUUCACAACA